AUGAUACCAACAGUCAACUUGCGAUCUGAGCAUAAAAGAUAUUUUACAAAUCCGUGUGAAUUGGAUCCUUCGGCUUUGGCCAAAUAUGCGACUGAUGAGUGGUUGGAGAAAUGGAUUCUGGAAUUAACAUUAAGGCUGACAUCAAAGCCCGUCCGCAAAGAUGAGAUAGAAGAAGGUAGGAAAUCGCCUUACAUGGAAUCGAUUCUAUUGGGCACCGUAUUGACUUUUUUUAGCGGGUCCCUAUACUGGUAGUGGAGGUGUUGGGUUUGCAUUACUGAAGGCAGCCCAAGCCAUUCCAGAAAGAUUAGCACAGUCGGUCCAAGCCUGCAGCGAUCUUUUGGAUGGUCAACUUGAGUGUGCAAGGGUAUUUUUGUAAAUAUCUAACAACUAUUUUGCAGAAUGGCUCCAGAUCUCGUCAUUCCCGUUAUCUUUGUGGUACCCUCGGACUCUAUGUAAUCCAAACCAUAAAAGAUCACAUGUCUGGGAGAUCAAUCACUCAGUACAAGAGUCUUUUCUCGAGCCUUGUGGAAACAGUCUGCUCAAAAGGAUAUCAGAGAUACGGUGAUGAUGACAUUCUGAAUGGUCGUGCUGGGUUCUUACUGGCUGUUCAGAUGGUAAAGAAUGAAACUGGGGUCUCCAUGCUGACAGAUGAAGAAUUAAAGAAAGUUUUGGAUGCUUUGCUGGAGUCUGGUCGGGAGUAUUCCUCUGUUCACAACAGCCAAACUCCCUUGUUUUAUGAAUGGCACAGCAAAGAAUAUCUCGGAGCGGCUCACGGGGUUUCGGGUAUUCUGCAAGCAUUGUUGACGUAAGUGUCCAGUUGACUCUAGACAAUGCUUGUAGCUAUUGGCAUUUGCUGGAUGAACAAGAUCAGAAAGAUGUGAAGGCGACGCUUGAUUGGUUUGUUGGUAUCCAGUCUCCAGAUGGCAACUUUCCCUCAUCCAGUGGAUAUAUUGGAUAUCCGAAAGGAGAAGAUGAAUUGGUUCAUUGGUGUCAUGGGGCGCCCGGGGUUAUCCAUCUAAUGAUAACUGCAAUUACUUUAUUUAACGACGAAAAGUAUCUCCAGAGUGCCAGGAGAUGCGCGGAUCUGAUAUGGCAUCGAGGAAUACUAAAGAAGGGUCCAGGCAUUUGUCAUGGUGUUUCUGGCAAUGGAUAUUCACUACUGUUGCUCUCAAGAGUUAUGAGUGACCCUCAACUCUUACUCAAAGCCAAAGCGUUUGCUGUCAUAAUGAUGGAUCCAAAUUUUGAGGUAUGUUUAGAGCUCCUUAUCGUCGAAGGGGUGUGCAGAGGCCGACCCUCUGCACGGCAUUGCCGCGGCAACCCAGGGAGUCUCCCGCCUCCUUUCGGCGAUUGAAAUCAGAAAUGUCACCAACAGAAUUUUUUUGUAGGGUUUUUUCGAUUGGAAAAUAUUAGGCUUGUUAUGUUUUGCCUAAAUUGAAAAUUGUCAUAUACAAAGCUUCCACACGCGACUUUAACAUAGAUUAUGAUGAAUACCGUAUCUAUUAGUCUUAACUAUUUUUACUGCUUAAUCGGUAAUUUUGACAAAAAGGAUUAAUUUAAUAGUUCCUAAAAAUUUUUGAUUCGUACGACUUUUUAGCUAAACAAGUUCAAGUUGACAAUUAAAAUGACAAAACAAUUUGACAUGACGAAAAUUUGACAAUCUGACUGACGCGUCAAGUUGACGACUUAACAAUCCUAGAAAAUACUUUUCUCAGAAUUAUUUUAUUUCUUUUGUCAAUUAUGAUUUGAUGAGACCAAACUCGAAACUGGGCGGGAGACAUAAUUGGGACCCCACCCCUUCCUCAAUGCACGCCCCUACCGUCGAUUGUUCCUUCCAGUCUCUCGCCAACGUCCCCGACUCCCCGUUCUCUCUCUUCGAAGGCUGGGCGGGAGCUCUUUGUUACCUGGUCGACCUUCGGAACCCUGUUCGUGCUCAAUUCCCCUUGAUUCCCACAAAGCUCAAGUAA